UAUUUUAUAUGAAUGGAGGGAGUAUAUCAUUUAACAUUAACUGUUGAUCUUUACACAAAAAAUAAAUAGAUAAAUAAAUAAAUAAAGGCAUGAUAAGCAAUUAUAAAUACCCCCUCUUAAUCAUGCAUUUUAUAUUCUCACACAACCCUUAAUAAUUUCGAGUAGACUUUUAGCCUCAAAAACUGAAAAAAUGGUGACACCUCCAAAACUACCUCUCCUUGUAUCUUUUACUCUCCUCAUAUCUUCCCUCACACUUACAAAUGCAGACGUCCCACCAUGCAACGCCCAAGACCAAGCCGUGUUAAUUAAAAUCCGCGAUCAUUUCGGAGGCAUCAACGGUCCACUUUCCGACUGGGAUGCCCACUCGGACUGUUGUCUUGCUUUUAAUUACGUGGGUUGUAGCAGCAAGCCCGGCAGUGAAUACGGCCGAGUCACGGGCGUAACAUUCAGCCCUGACAUCGGUCUUUCGGGCACUAUACCUUCAGACAUCGGCGACCUGCCUUUCCUCGACUUCUUUACUUUAGCAGGUAACACCAAUGUCACCGGUCCUAUCCCUACAUCCCUAGCUAAGCUUAAUAAACUGUAUCACCUCGAUAUCGGUCAUAAUAGUUUAACCGGCCCAAUUCCUAGUCAGAUUUUCAAGCUGAAGAAGCUUAAGGAAAUAGAUUUCUCUGGGAAUCAGCUGUCUGGGCCUAUUCCGUCGUCUGUGACUUCAUUGCCGUUACUUACACAGUUGAACCUCUCAGACAACAAGCUCACCGGGUCUAUACCUCCGAUGCCAAAGACGUUGAAGAGCUUAGAUGUGAGCAAUAAUCAGCUUUGCGGCCCCAUACCUAGUGGUUUGAAGAAGUUUAGUGCUUCAAGCUUUGGUCGCAAUAAAUGUCUAUGUGGUGCUCCUUUGGCUGUAAAAUGCAAGUAAAAAUUUGAUGUAAUCAGUUGAAAGUAUAAGGAAUAAAAGUUUUUUCUUUUUCUUUCUGAUAA